GCAGUAGUAGUAGUAGUAGCAGUAGUAGUAGUAGUAGAAGAACUAUAUAUAAAGCGUUCGUUCACACACACACACACACACACAGAGGCUUCUUCCUGCAUUACCAAUCUUCCUUUUCGCACAUUCUUCCCGCCUCCUUCCCAUUCCCCGCCCCCCAACCCCGUUCACCCCCUCCCCUCCACCACUCCCCCAGCUGUCUCUUUAUCACCCUCGACAGACAAGGAAACUUCCCGGCAGGUUGGCGCCCCCCAAGGUCACUCACUGUCUGGCAUCAAAUCUUGUCCCCCACCCCAUCCCCCGUCCUUUCACCCCGUCUUCCUUUUUUUUCUCUCUCAUACACACGUUACAGACGCCCUGUCACUCCUUCCCUAGCUUCCCACCCCAGACUUCUCUAUGGAGCCCAUUUAUUGUUUGAUAACCUUAGGAAAUUCAGAUUACUAAAUUAAACGUAAAAUAGGAGGAUGAAACUGUAAGAAAGUGAAGAGUAAGGCGAGGGAAAUGAAAUGAAACAAGAACUUCAACAGAAGCAACAGGACAUUGUUUUAUUAUUAUUAUUAUUAUUAUUAUUAUUAUUAUUAUUAUUAUUAUUAUUAUUAUUAUUAUUAUUAUUAUUAUUAUUAUUAUUACCAUUAUAUUACCAUUAUCGUAGAGCCAGAGGAGUACAUAAACUUUAAAUUGCACCACGACGCACCCAAAACACAGUCAAGGGUAAGGGGUAUAACGUAAACUGACAAUUAAAAUAAAUAGCUACAACAACGAACAUAAUAGUAACCUUAACUAGGGAAACCAGCGUCGGUGCUUUCCAAGCUAUUCAGUUUCUGCCGCCACAUCACUUCACAUACAGACAUAUCCAGCAAUGGCGUCCAAUACCUCCAGCCAUCCAUUCUUCAUCCAAUGCAUAUCCAAACCCAUCCAACAGUCACUCCUCUGAUCCAACGCUUAAGUCAUCCUCUCGUCGCUUCUUCAUCUAUCCACAUUAAUAACCACUGCUGAAUUAGGUGUGUGUGUGUGUGUGUGUGUGUGUGUGUGUGUGUGUGUGUGUGUGUGUGUGUGUGUGUCUCAGGGUUGGAUCAAAUACUGAUUUUUUAUAAGUCAAAUACAAAUACAAAUACUUUUGCUCGGGAUUCCAAAAAUACAAAUACAAAUACAAAUACUUUUGUUCGGGAUUCCAAAAAUACAAAUACAAAUACUUUUAUUCCUGAAUCUAAAAAUACAAAUACAAAUACAAAUACUUCUGUUCCUGAAUCUAAAAAUACAAAUAAAAAUACAAAUACUCCUAUUCCAGAUUUCAAAGAUACAAAUAAAAAUACUCCUGAAAUUAUGCAAAAAAAUGUAAAGAUACUUUUUUUUCACACAAGUUUACACUUCACAUAUCAUAAUUGCAUUUUAUCAUCAUUAAUGCCCGGAACGUUCCCGGGCCGAGUUUUGCUCGCUCAGGAGUGUAAAAAUUGCCGGCCUUACUAAACACCCUCUCAGAUUGUGCCGACGUUGCACAGCACCCUAGAAUAUUCUUGGCAAAGUGAUUCAAAAUUUUGAAGCUUUUUGCAUCACGCCAGUACAUCAGUGGAUUGACAUCAAAAGGCAGAACACCUUCUUCUUGGUAGGUUUCAAGUUCUGCCUUCACCACUGUAGUGUCAUUUGUUGAUGCACUUGCCAUCAUUUGCCCAGCUGGAGGCAUGUAGGCAAAAAGACGAGGUUGUGUUGCACUCAUGCCAGCCGAAAAGACGAAAGGCUCACUCUCUUGAAAUGUUUUCUUCUUCAAGGUCGACUGAGUUGACUCGGAAAUAAUUAGGUCCACAAUCUUGGAAGCCUUUUCCUUUUGCAUUUUCUUACAUGGCAUCCAUGCCAGCUUAAACCUGGGGUCCAUGACAGCUGCGGCAAUGACAUCAGUCCUCUCAAGAAAUGGAUGCAACCUCUUUUUGAUAGGUGAUUGUAGUGCAUUUGCCAAGUUAAAGCAGUAGAUCGGUUUUCUGUCUCUCUCGUCGUCUUCACUCACAUCUCAUCCCCUAUGCCUCCCAUUUCCGUGACGUCACACAUUUUUGCGGGCGGAUCCUUCUUUUGAGCCACUCACCCCUCAGUAACUCCCUAACUCCUCUCCUACUCCUCCUCCAUGUGACCUGAGGUUAAUUUCCUCCUUACUCCCCACCCUUAAUUUUUUUCCUCCUCCGCCUUCAACCUUAAUGUUCUCCUUACUCCGCUUUCCCCGUGAUCUGACGUUAAUCCUUUACUCCUUCGCCUUCAGCCUUAAUCUGUUUCCUCCUCUGCCUUAACGCGGCUUAACAUUACUUCUUUUUCUAUUUCCUUAACAGUAUUUAUCCUCCUCAAAUGGUUUUGACUCGAAAUAUAAAUACAAAUACAAAAUACUUUUUUUCUGGGUACCAAAAUACAAAUACAAAAUACUUUUUUCUCUGGAUGUCAAAAUACAAAUACAAAUACAAAUACAUUAAAAUCGUAUUUAAAUACAAUUCAAAUACAAAUACAAUUGUAUUUGAUCCACCCCUGGUGUGUGUGUGUGUGUGUGUGGAAAACGUGAUACACUUACCUGCUGAAACCCUAAUCUUCGAGGUGAUUAUGGCUUCCUCUUGGCGUCUGUCCGUUAUCAAAGUGACUCAUGCUUGGGAGGAAGGAGGGUGGCGGGGAGGAGGGGGAUAGAGGGCGUGGCAGUCGGUGAGUCAAGGCUCCGGUUAUGGCAGCAUUAAUGGGACGCCAAAUUUCACACCAAUGACUGACUGCUCACGUCUCCCGACUCCUAGAACUAAUAUCGCCUAUUCCUUUAUCGCUUGCAAUCCCGAAGUGAUUAACGUUAUCUGCGGCGGAUGUGGCUGCAAACGGGAAGCCGAGGCGUUAGUCUGUGGGUUCCGCGAGUGCCACCAAGACGGUCCCUACCAGCCUACCGCGCCAUGCCCACGUAUCUCGGGAACAGGUCAAUGCAAAUCAUUGCACUUCAUUGGACAUACAGUGGCAGUGAUGGCGGAGCAGCAGGAGCAGCAACGGAUAGAAGAAGAAAUGAGAAUUCGAUACUUUAAAGCUGUAGAUUUUUCAACAAAGGUAGUCCUGAAACUGCUGGAAUCGAUGGUACGAGACACCUUCAAGGCACUGGGAUUCACCUCGCCGAAAGAUUACUGUGUAAAAAAGCUGAAGUGGAGUCAACAUGAAGCAGAGAGUCUCUUUAGCUCUGAAGAAACUAUAAAUUUAAGUGACAGUAAUGCUCAAUUAGAAUACACAUUAUUGAUUAAUUUAUGGACGGAGUUGGACAAAGAAGUGGUAGAAGAGCUUGAAAGACUGACUGCCUUAGUGCUGGAAGUAAUCCAUAACCCACCCAUGAGAUUUAGCAAACAGCUCCUACAGGAGAAGAUUCAGACGAAGCUAUGGCCUUGUCUGCAGAAGCUGACCGACACCGUGCGGAAGGCCUGCCACACCUUGCUGAGAAAGAAACUUUUCUCCUUGCUGGAGCCAAAGAUCAAAAUGUCUUCAAUAUUUAAUAGAAUGGACAAGCUGAAGGAAGAUGUUCAUCUCUUCUCGUUAGAAAGAGCCGUCCAGAGCUUUGGAAUUAUGUAUGAAGUACAUUUUAAAGGCUCCAAAAGUGUUCUUCCAACACCAGAACUCAAUGCUUCGGAGCUCGAGUAUUUAUCUAGAGAAGUCAACUCCUUUUGUGGUGUUCAGAAACCGACAACAAAUCCAAUAGUCACUCUAAAAACACUGUAUUUUGACUUAAUUAAUAGGUCUCAACUAAGUGAUGUUAUAAGGAAGUUGAACAUUCUCGGCGACAAAGACAUAGAUUCUCAUUCUCUCCUUUCUUGGGGACAAGAUCUGAAUUGCCUUCAGCAGGACCUUGGCAGCCGACUCAAGGUGUUGGGGAGGUCUGAGUGCGUCUCGUACAGGGCUGUGUACAGUGACCCGCCUGUUGACAUAAACCGAUGGUUAUGGACGAGGAAGACAAAACUCGAGAAAAUUGAUGAUACGUUUUGGAGUUUCAAGGACUUCAGAAGCAGCAAAGAAGUAAUGUUGGAGCAUCUCCUAGACGGCAGCCAGAAGCCUCGGGUGGUGAUGGUGUAUGGUCCCCCAGGUUCUGGAAAGACUUGUCUUUGUGAAUAUCUUCAAGAAAAAUGGUGUUCUGGCAAUUCAACGGCUAGGUUCAUCAGGGAACUACAGCUUCUUGUCUUCCUGAAGGAGAAAUCCAUCCAUCACGGGUCAUUCAAGUUCCAUCUCAAAAACGUUAUGUUCCCGAGGCUUCUUCAGUUAAUACCAGAGUCUGAGGUCUUGGUUUCACUUUGUCGGUUCAACGUUUGCUUUGUGAUGGACUCCUCAGCGGGGUGCACGCCAGAGUUCACCUCGGCAGUGUGUGAGGUAGUGAAGCACCUGGGCCACAACACUGCUUUUAUCACCAGGCGUCUGGAAGAGAAGAGGGACAUAAACGCCAGACUCGCCACUGACGAAGUGUAUCUACAUCCGCUCGAGGGUCAUCGGCGAAUGGAUCUGUGUCUCAGUUAUUUGAAAGGCAUAAGGGAUGUAGAAGGUAACUUGACAAAGCAUUCAGGACUUGGACAUGCUGUUAUUACUCAAAACCAUUGCAAUUUUGGGUGUAGAAACAGCACUGAGAGGUCUUUGUUUACCCAGGAAGAUCCCAAUAUGCGUGUUGAUAAUUUCAUUCACAAAUUAGUGUCAGAGGAGAGGGAAGAUCUAUCAUACCCCUUACCGCUCGCCUAUCUUCUGUGGCUUUGGCUCAAGGAUCCCAGGCACCUAACAAAGGUUACCACAAUGUCGCAACUCUUUAAGAAGGUUAUUUCUCUGUGCGAGCAGGUACAAGAUGGAAACAAUGGAAGCGCUCUAAGACUUUUUCAUAUAAUUAAAAUGGAGAAGAAAGGAAGAAGAAACGAACCAAUGAGACAGUUAGCAGUUUUUGCUUCGAACGUGUUGUUGCGUGAAACGUCACAGAGAGCAGAGUAUGAUUUGAAAGGCCUUGCAAAGAAAGACUUGGCCAAUCUGUUUCCAUUUGUGGAGUAUUUUAGUAACAAAUUGAAGUGGCGCUUCCUUCAUCCCUUUCUGGUUGAGAUCCUCUGUGCUUGGGACAUGAAGUGUGCCUUCGAAGAGAGAAAGAUUCUUCCCUACAGCAGUCAACUCGAGAAGAGUGGGAGCACAUAUGUUACCCUUAUUCGGUUUCUUGGCGGCUUCUCUUCGGAUGGAAAAGAUAAGGACAAUGACUUGGCGAACCACAUCGUGAAGCUGUUUAGGUCAGUGGCCGUGGCUGGCGAUGAUGACUUCCUGGUAUGGCUUCCUCUGCUGCGUGAGGGAUCUUGGUCAUUGACGCUCAGAGAGUUUGUUAGGAAGGAAUUGAAGUCUUCUAAGACAAGAUGGAGUGUGCCUCAUUCAAACUUUCGAGAAGUGAAGGGCGUGAUAUGUAUGGUGGACCGUCGCGUGUUCCUUCCCAGAGAGGUGAUCAUUGAGACUGAGCCGCCAUUAGAGGUUGUAAAAAUGUUAGCAUCUCACGCCAACAUAGACGUGCGAAUAUACCCGCGACUGUGCCCUGUAUUGAGGCCUCGAGACGCCUUGCUGCACGCCCUUCGAGGCGCUGGUAACGUCGUGGAGUUCAAAGGUAAACUUGAGGAGAAAGGAGUCUCGGAUCUCGCUCACAUGACUCGCCUUCGUACUCUCAAACUUUACAUAACAUCCUUGGCUGCUCUUGAGGCAUUUAGUGUAAGUGUUAAGAAACUAUUGGUUCUUGAUGACUUACACCUCCAUUUGUAUCUACCUUUCGAUACUCCAGCAGUGAGAAUUCCCCGCGUGGUGGUGGUGCCGCGCCGCGUCACCGUGUACCUGAACCUGUACCGCAUCACGGACAGCACCUACAAGUGGGCGGUGGAUGUCUGCAAAGGGCUCAGGUGUCACAGAGAUGGUAAAACAGAAGUUUACCUAAAUAAAUCCGUCCUUUCCCCUGAUAAGCUUCAGUAUAUCAAAACGGAGCUUCAUCCUUCUGCCAUCCACAUCUCUCAAUCGUAAGAAGCACUCGAACUUUGUCUGUCGGAUCGUGUAUUUUUUUUUUGUGUAAUUGUAUCUGAAAUGUUAUUGUGAUAGUCACCAGUCCUCAUAACGACACCCAAAGAGGAUUAAACACAUACACCAGACCCUCUACCCCACGUUGUGAAGAGAUAUUAUAUGUGCACCCACCGAAGACACUAGCGUGUUUACUCCAGAAACCAUCUUUAAUGCAGCAAAGUGAAGUAAUUGCACUGACUGGAGCACCUAAGUACUGUAGAAGGCACCAGAAGGACUUCAAACACAAAGGAGCCGCAAACCCUAUGCCAGGCAGUUGUAAAGCCACGCCAGCCCAAAUGAUGAUGAUGGACUCUCGUCGCCCUAGAAAAAAUUACCUCCCUCCUCCCCCCACUCAUCAGUGACUCACCUGCUUCAGAAACACCGCAUCUCAUC